UGUUUAAAAGUUUAAAAGGAAAAUCCACAUUUGAUCUUUUUCUUUUUUUUCAGUCGCUACGUCUGAUACGCUCGAGUCCAGUCAGAGUGCGCGCACGCAGAUAGAGAGAGAGAGAGAGAGAGAGAGAGAGAGAGAGAGAGAGAGAGACGUGUGAUUUCUCUUUGUACUGAACAAGAGUUGAGGCCGGCUCUGCUACUGCUGCCCUCUCUUUUUUAUAGGCAGAGUUUGCAUGCUGUAAAUAGCUCAAUAAGCCGGUUACACUGAACGUUUCAUCGUACCGUCGGUUCUGUUGGUUUUGAGGAAGCGACCAUCUACUGCCAAUAUCCCCUUUGAGCGAAUUUGAGCAACAAAAGCAUCAGGUCUUGUUUCUCCGGGGGCUUUCAAGUCACACAUUCAUCAGUCGAGGGCUUUUCCGUGCGUAAAAGCGAACAGUCGCACUUCCACAGACCGCUUCGCCUCUUUUCCGUCAACCCCUUCACACUUCCACACCUUACGGGGGCGAGUCUUUUUUUUCCCCCGACUGGAUCAGCGACCAUGGCUGCUGUAACAAGCCCGGAGACGAGCCCUCAACCCCGGGUAUAUUUCCAGACGCCGGCCGGCACCACAGAGGAACCGGAGACACCCGUUCGGAAGCAGGGACGAGUAACCGUGAAAUACGACCGCAAGGAGCUGAGGAAGAGACUGAACCUGGAGGAGUGGAUUAUCGACCAGCUAACGGACCUCUAUGACUGUGAGGAGGAGGCCAUCCCGGAGCUGGAGAUAGAUGUGGAUGAGCUGCUGGAUAUGCCCAGUGACGUUGAGCGGGCCGCCAGGGUCAAGGACCUUCUGGUUGACUGUUUUAAACCUACUGAGGACUUCAUCUCAGAGCUGCUUGACAAGAUCCGAGGGAUGCAGAAGCUCUCCACGCCUCAGAAGAAAUGAUGGCAUCCCUCCUUUUCCAGCUGCUCCUCCUCCUCCUUUCUUCCCACCAUCCUCUCCUCCACUCCAGCCCUCGCGUCUCGUCUUCCUACUGCAUUUUCUCCUCUUUUUUUAUUUUGAAGUCAGUUUUCUUACAUUCAGAAUCUUCUUGAGGAACUUCUUGUUACACCCUUUGUUCUUAACCCAUUUCUUCUCCUCUUUUCUCUGCCUGGAUCCAGCCUGAUAAGUUGCUGUUUUUUGUAGUUUUGAUGAACUUCCUUGUCGUUCGUCUUGACUUUUCUCUUCCAAUCUAUCAGCAAAGAAGAAAAAGUAAAGCUAAGAAUGCAAGAGCAACCACAGAGCAAAUUAUUGGUCUCCAUCCAGGCACUCUCCUUCCUUUUCUGUUUCACUCCUGCUCCUCCUUCACCCUUUGUUUGGCUUCACUCCUCUUCCUCCCACUCUGCUGCGUGCCACUCUUCGUCCAUCUGAGGGGGAGGAGAGGAGGAGAUGAGAUGAGCUCUAUAAUUACUGAGAGCAGAGCGGCCGGGAUUGGGAAGAGGAAGAAAAGAGGAGAGUCUGAAACAGCAUCAGAAGAAAGGGAUGAAGAAGGAAGCAGCCAAUCAGAAUGAAGCAGGGCCUAAUCAUUGCUGACGUCUCGCCCAAUGAAGGUCCUUCUUUGUUGUAACCUGUAUGAUCCUGUGACCAACCAGGAUUCCUUUGACAUGUUCUCAUCAGUUUGAGGGCACAGGGACAUUAACGUGACUCUAGUUUUUUUAUUUUUCACUUUUGGGGGUCCGUACAGAUUUUUUCACAUCAUACCCCCGUAAUCAAAGGCAUUUGCUACAGUGGUGCAUUUACAGACUGUCUUUCCUUAUGUGUGUAUCUUUUGAAAAUCUGCACUAUGUCAUUUUGGGAAGGAAAUUUGAACCUCUGACCACAAAGAAUAAUGUAUGGUGUAUCUUUAGUCCAACAAGAGGAAAAGUUGAUCCCUUGAAAUAGUGGUUGAACCCUAAAAAAAGUCACUGGCUGGCUGAAGUGGUCAGAAGGUCCUGCUAAUUUUAGAGUUAAAAACUUGGAGGCUAGAGUAGAAGUAGGUGCUCUUAGGGUGGGUGUGCUGGAAUAGAGUUUCAAUUCUUUGAGGGGAAACAUGUUUUUCUUUCUUCAAAUGUUCAAGUGUGUGGUGCAGUUAUAAGAGAGGCUCUUAAACAGCCACUGCUGUCCAGUCUGCACAUACAAAUGUACGUCUGUGUGUUGCUAAAUGAUACGUACGUGUGUUGCUACAUAAUGUACAGCAACAGUCAUAUUAGGAGUGUUUUUCUGGCCUGUAUAUUCUGCUGUUCAGUACGAAGAUUUAGACUUUAGUAUAGGACUGGUUCCUGUUUAGUUUAUUUUUUCUUUGUAACACACAUUGACAGUCAGACAGGGGGACCCUAACAAAGCUGCCUUGUUUUUUUCUUUGUAUCAUCCCCCUCUAUCUGUCUCUUUCUCACUGUCUCUCCUUAAACCUUUGACAUUUAUUAGUCCAGCAGAGCAGUUCAGAGCGCUCACACGUACAAGGAAACACUGGAAAUGUCUUCAGGGCUCCAUGUUGGUGUGGAGACUUUGUGCUGUCCUCUGCCUGUCAGCAGACCCACUAGUGAGAUGGGAGGAGAGGGAGGCAGCUAUUCUACAUUGAAGCUGUCUGGAUGCAUUCACCCUUCUUUUUUCCCUCUUGAGUCUCAUUCACACACACACACAGGCUGCCCUUGGGUUGGAUGAAACGGAAACACAUUAGCAAAUACAGCUGCCUCUUACACAGUCGUGAGCACAUCCAAACACACACAAGGCACUGAAAGAGAGAGAGGUCCAUAGCUGUCACAACAUUUGUGUGUUUCCCACUGCAGCUGCCAAUCAUCUCCAAGAAUAAGCCAUCUGUCUCUGAUUCUGAGCCAAUCAGACUGGAGACAGAAGCCCACCAGCCAAUCGGAGAGGCAGCAACAUUUCCUGUGAUUCCCGUGGCAAAGAGCUAACACCUGCGGUGACAGCAGACCUCCACCGUCCGUCUCUUUCUCCCUCAGAGCCAUCACGCACAUGCACAGCCAUACACACACAUCGGCCCAUUUUCAUCUUGCUGCUCUGUCAUUUCUCCCUGACAUCCCCCUCUCUCUCUCCUCCUCCUCCUCCUCCCACCCUUACUCAUCCUUAUCUCAAUCUUCCUCUAUCUUUUCUCCUGUUUCCUUUUCUUUUUUAAAGAAACAGAUGUUGCCUUAGGUAUUAUUUAUGUUACACAAACCAAAUAAACGUGAGACAUUCAUUUUUAAAAGGUAACACAGACUGCGAAGACGUGUGUUACUGAGCAGAACUGCGGCAUCCUCUGUCGCUCCUUUUUUUUUUCUUUUUGAAAAACAAAUGAGAUUCUCUUGGUUUUUUUAGAAGUGAGUGUUUAAUACUUAGGCCUUGAUACAGUGAUUUUGUUUAGAUAAUACAAUGUUCUUUACAUUUACCAUUUGAAUACUGGUCUGUUUUUAUUGUGAUCAUGACACUCCUUGAUGCCAGGCCUUGGAUUCUCAUGUAGUUGAGCAAAAAUCCAUUCAGAUCCAUUUUGGUGCGAUUGCUUUUGCCUUCUUGGUGCGGUUUCCAAAUCAAGAGUGGUCUGCAUUUGAGGGGGUGGGGGGCAUUUAGAUCGUUUGGAUUGUUGGCAAGCUCAAUCAGUUGCUGCAUUUGAGUGGAUUUUGAUUUCUAAAUCCAGGUUUGGAUUCUACCUUCUUAGACUGUUAUUGAGAAGUCUGUUUUUUUACUGUUGGGGAAAAUUGCAAAAAAAAAAAUCUAUAUACUGAUUAUCAUCAUUGAGGCUAAAUACAAGAGCUAAACCAUACAGAUUGGAAGAAUGUAGGGGAUUUUUGGACAAGGAUUAGAUCAAACCAACAACAAAUGUAGCAAUAUCAACAACAGGUCUUGUUUUUGCCCAAUUUUGUUACACUUUUAUGCAACUUUAAUAAAAACAUGUAAAACGAAA